AUGAUACUGGACCAACAUAGGGGCAGUUUGAAAGAACUUGAUUUAAGAUUUCACAAAGGCGCUUGUUUUGGACCUCUUCGGAAACCAGGCGACGAAUCAAACGCAAAGGAGAAACCAUUGUUUCUGGGUGACUUGUCAGAUUUCCCAAAAAUGACUUCGCUAACAAUCGAUCCGAUUGUAUUCAGUGGUCGAUCGCCAAGAGAACCAAUUAAACACCAUAUGGAGGAUUUACUUCCACAAUCGUUGACGUAUCUAGGACUAGUAUGUGAACCAGGACAUACAUCAGAACUGUACCCAGGUGCCUACUCCGUUCGAAAGCAGACUUGGUCAGACGAAGUCACAAGUUUUGCAAACACAUUACCCACAUCAAUGAGAUUUCUUGAAAAAGUAGAACUGAUUGCGCCUAGAGAUUCGCUCUCUUGGAAUAGUUAUACAUUAGAACGGGAUAAGAUCUUGGAGCCUGUCAAGCGACUCUUUCAGGAGAAAGGAGUCGUCUGUUCAAUUACGAAAACUGUGUCCGAGGAUGAUUUUCCGGAUUUCAGGACUAUUUGUCAAGAUGACUAG